CGCAUAUGGGGUGAAGCAGAGAUGCUGCGGCUCCUCUGGAAGUAGACCUUUACUGUGUGGUUGCCAAUGAGCGUGGGGGACCGGCCCCUCUGAGUCCUGCUCCUGUUCCUGGUGCAGAUGGGUUCGCAAGUAUUUUUGCACAUCACAAUUCCACAGAGGUUACUCUCAAAUACAGCUGGAGAGACGGACACAGUGUCCUAUGUCAUCGCGAUAGAGGGGAGGCCGUACACCGUCCGCCUGAAGCAGCAGCUCUUUUUAUCUGGCGAUUUCAGGAUUUACACAUACAAUGAGAAGGGAUCUUUGCACUCUGAUAUGCCCCAUAUCAAGGGUGAUUGCUACUACCGCGGGUAUAUCGAAGGCUUCCCCAGCUCGGCAGUGACUCUCAGUACCUGCUCGGGGCUCAGGGGCUUGCUGCAGUUUGAGAACGUGAGCUACGGGAUUGAGCCGCUGGUUUAUUCGCCGGCAUUUGAGCACUUUGUUUAUCAGAUGAGUAAUGAGAACACAGCGGGUUCCCUCUUUGCAAAUGUCCACGCCGACAGAGGGAAAGACGAGGUGACAGCAGAGGAGAUAGCUCAUAAAUUGCCCAGAGAACAAUUGUUGUCAAGCCUCCCCAGAUAUAUGGCAUUGUAUGUAGUUUUGGAAAAGGCUUUGUACGACUACAUGGGUUCUGACAAGGAUAUUGUGACACGGAAGAUAGUUCAGAUCAUCAGCCUUCUCAGCAGUAUGUUUAAUUCCCUUAAUCUAACAAUUAUGCUGUCCUCAGUGGAGUUCUGGACAGAUGAGAAUAAAAUUCUGACAACAGGGGAAGCAGAAGAUGUGCUACAGCGAUUUUUAGAGUGGAAACAGGCAAACCUUUUUCUGCGGCCGUAUGACAUGCCUUAUUUAUUUCUUUACAGGGAUCGACCAACAUACGUAGGCGCGACGAUUCCAGGACGGGCGUGUGAGCGAGAGGCUUCUGGCGGAGUGGCCGUGUACCAGAGGGCUGUGACCCUGGAGUCGUUUUCCAUCAUCCUGGCGCAGCUGCUGGGGCUGAGCCUGGGAAUGACCUAUGACGGGUCCCGGGACUGCCGGUGUCCCGGCUCCGUCUGUGUGAUGAACUCCAACGCGCUACGUUUCGGUGGGGUGAAAGCCUUUAGUAGCUGCAGCAUUGGAGACUUUGAAAACUUCCUCCAGCGCAAUAAAGAGUGCCCUUUCAGUACAUCCUCUGCGAGUGGACCGUCCUACAGGAAGACUGCCGUCUGCGGCAAUGGCGUUGUGGAACGUGGAGAGCAGUGCGACUGCGGGUCAGUAGAGGCAUGUGCAAAGGAUAAAUGCUGUACUCCCCAAUGUAAGUUCAAGCAAGGAAUGAAGUGUUCCUUGGGAUUAUGCUGUGAAAAUUGUCAGUUUAAACAGAAGAAUACCAAGUGCCGGGCCCUCGCCGAUGCGCAGUGCGACCUCGCGGAGUACUGCAACGGGACGUCUGCGGCCUGUCCCCCCGACCUGUAUAUUCAGGACGGGUACGAAUGUGAGCACGGCACUGGUUACUGCUACCAAGGACGCUGCCAGUCUCCUGACCUACAGUGCCAGAGACUCUACGGGAAAGGUGCAAAAAAUGCUCCUUUGGCAUGUUAUGAAGAAGUCAACAGUCAACAAGAUAGAUUUGGACACUGUGGAAAUCACCCGAAAGAUGGGUAUCAGGCCUGUUCUUGGCUGAAUCUAGGAUGUGGGAAGUUAAUAUGUACAUACCCGAGUCGUAUUCCAUUCACACAAGUUAAAGGCGCCGUGAUUUAUGCUCAAGUGCAAGAACAUCUGUGUGUGUCUUUUGAUUAUAUGCGUGGACCCACGGUGCUAGAUCCUCUCCUGGUUAAAGAAGGCACGAAAUGCGGUCCUGGAAAGGUUUGUCUGAAUGGCACUUGCCAUCCACAUUCAGUCCUGAAGUACGAUUGCAAUCCACAGAAAAAAUGCCACGGACAUGGAGUGUGUAAUAAUAAGAAGAUUUGCCAUUGUUUUCCGGGCUGGAAACCUCCAAACUGCAAGGUUCAAGGAUCUGCUUCAGGCGGCAGCAUCAGCAGCGGGCCGCAGAUGCGGGACGCCGAUCUUACCUCAAGAAGCUCCUCCAAGGACACAGUGAAGACCUGGCUGCUGCUCAGCUUCUGUCUCUUCCUCCCUGUUGCUGUUGGUGGCACUGUCCUGAUUAUGAAGUGGAAGCAGCUGAACAGAUUCUGUGUGAGGAAGGGAUCGCAAACUGAUGGGUCAGAAGAUGUCAGCCUGUCCAGCUACGAGAGAGUGUUUUUGCCCAAUGACCUCAGGAUUUAUACCGACAGCCGAGGGGGGCUUGUGAAGUCCGAACUUGCACAUAUCAAGCGCGAUUGCUUCUAUGAAGGCUAUGUGGAAGGGUUCCCGGGUUCCCUCGUGGCGCUCAGCACCUGCUCCGGACUGAGCGGGGUUCUGCAGCUAGCGAAUGCCACCUACGGAAUUGAGCCUCUGGACGCUGCCCCGGGAUAUCAGCAUCUCAUUUAUCCAAUGAGGAAUGAAAAUGUAGAGAAUCUGCUUUUUGUAGAAAACAGCUCUUUUGCACAGCCUCCGGAGAUUUCGCAGACGCUGAAUGCAGGAAUGCAAAGUGAGCAAGCUGUCACUAGAUCCCCUCGAUACCUGGAAGUGCAUGCAAUUUUGGACAAGGCUCUGUAUGACUAUAUGGGCGCUGACAAGGAUGCUGUGACGGACAAGAUGGUGCAGCUUUUCAGCUAUGUGAACAGUAUGUUUACGCGCCUUAAUCUGACAAUAGUAUUGACUUCCCUGGAGUUUUGGACAGAAAAGAAUAAAAUCCCUACCACGGGAGAAGCUGAGGAGUUACUGCGGAGAUUUUUGCAGUGGAAAAAUACGCAUCGUGUCUUGCGGCUACAGGACAUAAUAUACUUAUUUGUUUACAGGGAGCAGCCCCGUUACGUGGGGGCAUCUUCCGCGAGAAGGCUGUGUCUCAGGAACUACGCUGGAGGCGUUGCCUUGUACCGAAGAGCUAUGACGCUGGAGACGUUUGCGGUGAUCCUCGCGCAGCUGCUGGGGCUGAGCCUGGGAAUAGGCUACGACGAUUCCAGGAGCUGUCGCUGCGCGGGAGCCACCUGCUUAAUGCAGAGCAAUGCGGCACGCUCGACUGGUACAAAAGCCUUCAGCAGCUGCAGCGUUAGAGACUUUCAGCAUUUCCUCACCACUGGAGAAGGGCAGUGUCUGUGGAAUAAGCCCACUAUGGACAUAGCUUAUAAAGCUCCCGUGUGCGGCAACAAAGUGGUGGAGCCAGGAGAGGCUUGUGACUGCGGUUCAGCGAAGGAGUGUCAGCAGGAUCAGUGCUGUACAGUUGGAUGCAAAACCAGGAAAGGGGUUGAAUGCCUCUCCGGACCGUGCUGCUGGAGAUGCCAGUUUCUGCGAAGGGGUACCUUAUGUCGAACCAGCCCUGAGGAUGAGUGCGAGCUGAAGGAGUAUUGCAACGGCACCUCUGGGCAGUGCACGCCGAACCUCUGGGUCAUGGACGGGCAUCCCUGCAACAGGAGGAGCGCCUUUUGUUACAGAGGAGUUUGCCAGAUGGCCGACAAGCAGUGUCAGAAGAUCUUCGGGAAAGGUGCCAAAAAUGGGCCCCUGGCCUGUUAUGAAGAAAUUAACGGACAAAGGGACAGAAUGGGACACUGCGGUUCCGAUCGGAGCGGCUACCGGAGUUGCGCGUGGAAGGAUCUGCGAUGCGGGAAGCUUGUUUGUGAAUACCCAGGUCAUAAGCCGUUUACUAAGGAGAAGGCAGCGGUCAUUUACGCACGGGUGCAGAACGUGCUGUGCGUGACGCUGGACUACAUGCAGCCUCCCGCCGAGAGGGACCCCAUGCUGGUGAACGACGGCACCGUCUGCGACGACCACAUGAUUUGCCUGAACCAGAAGUGCGUGCCUGCUACCGUCUUGAACUACAAGUGCGAAAUAAAGACAAAAUGCCACAAUCACGGCGUGUGCAAUAACAAGGGGCACUGCCAUUGCCAUCCCGGCUGGAAGCCGCCCAGUUGCCAGGAGAAAGCGAGCUCGAUGGGAGGAAGCAGCGAGAGCCUCUUCAGAGGUGAUGACGUGGUCGUCCCAAGCACGAACGCGGUGAGGAACUGGCUGCUUAUCAGCUUCUGUCUCUUUCUGCCUCUCCUCGUCGGGGCCGCUGUCCUGCUAACGAGGCGGAGCGAGCGGUGCGGCUGCCGCGCUCCGGAGGCGUGGCCGCAGGACGAGUGCGCGGAUGUGGACUGUGCAGAAGAGCAAAGUGUGUAAGGACAAAACAGGACUGUGUGAGGUGGCCACUUACUUACCUGUGUGCAUCUGGGACCUGAUCUGUGCGGCUCCUGAAAGGAAGAGCGUGAGCGGGACAUGGCCUGCCUGGGAAGCCACCAAGGGAAUGGCCGUGUGACCUCGGGGGACCGUGUCGCGGGGGACUCUGCCUGUCUGUGGAAGGGAGGUGCGGAGCUUGCCGUAAGUGCCCACAGCCUGUGUUUGUUUGCUAGCGUCUGGUUCAAUAAAAGGUCUUUCCUACUGA